AUGCUCUACAAACCUAACCACAAUCAUAGCUCUGCACAAAGAAAAGAGUCACAACACAAAAAUUCCACUCAUAGAAGGUCCAGUAACUUGGGAAGCAGCAGAUCGAGAUGUGACGAGGCACCAUUGGCGUCACCGGAACAAGAAUUUCUUUGUGAAAAGCGGAAUAUUCUGGUGAAAUUGACAAAGAAGCAGCAGAAACGACACUAG